GUUCCUUCCGGAGAUCCAGAACCUCACAUGUGCCAAAUAUUCCAGGUCGGUCUGUGUCUGAUGCUUUUCUGAUGGAUUUAGGUUUUUGUUUUUCUGUCUUGAGUCUGUCUCCAUAUCUGGUUUAGGUUAGGAUCUCAGACGCGCUCUGAUUGGCUCAAAGUGUGGACUGAAGGGUAUCUUUUUCACCACACCCUAUAAUAAAUCUUAUUCUAGGCAUUUUUCUGCGGAUCAGCCCCGGGCACGUUAACGGGACAAAGCAGGAUUACUUUUUAUAUAGAAUUUUAUACACUUUUCUAAAGGAUUCUGGUCUCAUCACUAAUUUAAUCAUAUUUGAAAGGACAUUUGGAUUUGUUUUAAGUGAAGGGUGCGGAUGUUUUGGAGUAAUACAGUUCAACUUUGUAUCUUUUACGAGCUGAGCGGAGAAGGAUAACAUAUAACAGCCACUUUGUUGAGUCCUUUUCCAGACGAGUUUUUAAGUCUCUGGAACAAUAAACAAGACUUUUAAAUUCAUAUAACUAAAAAUAUUUAAACACUAAUCGGUGGGAAAUAAUCCUGCAUUUUUUUUUGUGAUUUUUGUCGGCGCGUAAAGACGCACGGCGGCACCAUGGCACACAUGUGCAGGCAGAUCACCGGCAGCAUGGCGAGCUGUGCGGGCUGGGUCGGGAUCAUCGUCGCCACGGCCACCAACGACUGGGUCCGGACCUGCGACUACGCGGUGGCCACCUGCGUCCGCAUGGACGAGCUGGGCUCCCAGGGACUCUGGGCGGAGUGCGUGAUCUCCCCCGCGCUCUAUCACUGCGUGGCGCUCAGCCAGAUCCUCAGCCUGCCUGCCUACGUCCAGACGGCUCGUGCCCUGAUGAUCUGCGCAUGUCUGCUCGGCCUCCCCGCUUUGCUGCUCGUGCUCAUGUCGAUGCCCUGCGUCAGGCUGCAGAAUGACAACUCCGCCAUCAAGCAGCGCCGCGCGCGCGUGGGGGGUGUCCUCUUCAUCCUCAUGGCUUUGUGUGGCAUCAUCUCCACGGUGUGGUUCCCUGUGGGCUCUCACCAGGAGGAGGGUCUGAUGUCGUUCGGCUUCUCUCUGUACGCCGGCUGGGUCGGCUCCGGUCUCUGUCUCCUGGGCGGCUUCACCAUCUUGUGUUGCCACGGCACCGACCCCGGGAUCCCGGGCAGGGACAACAGCUUCUACUACUCCAGGCAGGGCGGCACGGCCACGCCGCUGGACCCGCCCGCCAACCACGCCAAGAGUGCACGAGUGUGAAGGCGCUUGUUUUAGAGACUGUAUCACAAAGAAGUCUUUUCUACAUUUAGCUGAUACAACAUGUUAGCAUGUGGGGGUUGAGUGCCUCGAACUUAUAGAACACUUUAUUUAGAUUUUACCGGCCUCGUUUCCUAAACAUUACGUUCCCAUAAAAUGGAACUGCAUUGUCCAUUACGUUUCAAGGAAAAGGUUUAUUCUCCCGGAUUAUAUUUGUUUUUGACAUUUAUAAUCAAAGUCAGCCAAGUUGACUCUUUAAUUUGCGUAUACUUAAAGCUGCAGUCUCUGUAACCUCCAGCAGGGGGCGACUCCUCUGGUUCUAUAGAAGUCUAUGAGAAAAUGUUUCUACUUCUCUCUUGAUUUAUUUCCUCAGUAACAUUUUC